AUGCCUGUCGCAAUUCUUGGUACACAAAUAAUACUUUGGUGUUUUGAUGUACGAAAUAAUUCUAAAUUCAAAGUCGUUAUCGGAGUUGGUAAUGAUAUUGACGACCUCAAGGAAGCUAUUAAAGAAAAAUGUGAAUAUGGUUUUGCUUCUCACCUGCUUAGACUGUGGAGAGUUAACACGGAUCAAACUAUUUUCGAGGUACUAAAUGACGAAUUAAAGGAUACAGCAAAAACAAUUGGAGAAACUUUUUAUGGUGUACAAGGAGAUAACAUUCGAGCUGUAGUUAGAGCUGAUACUGAAGAAUUGAGAGCACAUUUGGAGGCACUUAAACUUGGUCAUGAACUUGGUUAUGACGAAGCACAUUUUCAAUCGGAUUUACCUUUAGAGUCGGAAAUUAAACGGAUAAAGCGUGAAAAAGAAUACAGGGAAACUGUUAAUAUUGGCCUCAAAGCGAAACCUCCUUCGUCUGGUGCCAAGCCUUCUACCUUUUUCACAACUCAAAUAAAUAACCCAAUCCUUAAUGGUCGACCGCUUGAACUUACUGGUCCUCCUAUUACUAUUUACAAUAGAAACUUUACACAAUUCCUUGAAGAUUUUAAUAAUAUGAAACUGAAAGUACCUCCUGAUAUUUUGGAAUGGGUCAUGGAUAUUAUUUCCGCAUCAGCAGACAAAUAUUUCAAUGAAGACGGACGUAUAAAGAAAAUGAGAGAGAUACUUUCGAAAAAAUUUGGCACCAUAGCAUUGACUAGUUACGGGAAAGGUUGCCAGUGCGAUGGAUUACUUACGGCUAAAGUAGGCCUUCUCGACGCUUAUAUUGGGAUAAUCAAAGGAAAGAACGAGGUUGGAUCUGAUGAAACUGAUCCCA